GAAAGAGGCAAACAGAAACAGAGACAGAGACAGAGAGAGACCCUUAGGUGAGUGUCGUUGGCUUUCUGCUUACCCUUUUCAGCCCUGCGGAGCAGACAGGUAGUUUGUAGGAAAAGAGCAAAGCGCCCCAACAAGGAAAGGAAGCGGAUAGGAAUAGCUAGGAGGCUGGGGUAGGCAAUGCCAAGAUGCCAACCUCCAUUCAGUUUUACCCCAUUUCCAUCCGCCCUCUCUUUUCUUCAUCCUCCUUCCUCCUGGGCGCCUCUCCUCCCCAGCUAGCCCCCCACCUUGGACAGGGAAGUGGAGCCAUUCCUUUUUCUCCUCUUCCUCACCUAGUUGCUCUCGGGGUCGAUUGAAGGGACCCGGCAGCAGGCAGAAGAGGAAGUGGGGUAGGAGGAGGAGGAGAAAAAAGAGGAGGAGGACUGAGGAAGUCAAGAGGAAGGAUGGGAGAGGAGGAGGUAAGGGUGCUGCAAGGGGGUAGAAGGAGGGGUUAGUAACAAGGGGGGAUGGGUACGCUCCUAAAGAGGAGAGUUAGGAAGGGUAAUGAUUGCCAUCCUGCAGCAAUUUCCCUGUGUCAUGGCUCGGUAUCUUAGCAACAGCACUGAGUCCGGCCAGCAGAGCGGCAGCGGCGGCAGCAGCAGCGGCAAAGGCGGCAGCAGCAGCAGCAGCAGCAGCAGCAGCAGCAGCAGCAGCCAACCCCAUUGAGAGGAGCAGCAGCGGCCGCCGCCGCCGCGGGCUCAACUCCACUCCCGGGAGCCAGAGCCGGAGCGGCGUAAGCCCGCAGCAGCAGCGGCGGCGGCGGCGGCGGCGGCGGCAGCGGCAACAACAAAUCCAAGAGCAGGCAAAGACCUGAGAUCACCGCCCGCGUCCCGCCCGCCAAGGCAGGGACCCAGAGGAGCAAAGAGAGAAAGAGAGAGAACUCGGUGGCCGGGAGGCGAGAAGAGAAUAGAAAGAAGAAAGGGGGAAAGGGAGGAAGGAUGAAGGAUGGGGAGGACAUAACACUUCUUGGAAACUCCUCGCCAUGGCUUCUGUCACAGGCUCCGCGGCGGGGGUCUGAGAGUAUUACUGGGGCGACCUCUCCUGAGGGCUCUCCCGGGAUUCUGAGCCGCGGAGAGAUGGGGGAUGCGGGGAACCUGCAUCUUCGCGCAACUGUCCACUCGGGCUGAAAAGUUUCUCCAUGGUUCCUUUGUGUCGUCGUUGGCGCUCUCUUCCUGCAACCUUAGACUUCCCCAGUCUUCCUCGGCGGUGGUGGAGAAGCUAGCUUCCCCCCCUUACGAACAACUUCCCCCUACAACUGCCCCGCAGUCCAGGGGCCCGCGAUGAUCGCCACAGGGGGCCUCCUUAGGAUCUCCGCAAGAAAGCAAGAUCCUCUCCGCCCGCAGAGCCAGGUCCCCAAGCGUAAGAGGAAAGCCAAAAAGAAGCGCAAGAACGACGUGGUGGUAGUGAAGGGCAAGUUGAAGCUGUGCUCCAUCUCGGGCCUGAUCGCCCUCUGCGGGAUCCUGGUACUUCUGGUAGGCAUAGCCAUGGCCGUGGUGGGCUACUGGCCCAAAGGCAGUGGGACCCACCGGGAAGGCACCAAGCAACUGUCCCCAGGGGGGAACGGGCAUAGGGCCCUGGCCACCGCCAACAGCAGUGCCAGGGCCAGCAGCAACAAACACCCGUCGAGGGACCACCCGGGUGUUCUCAGUCUAGCUAACGCAGAGUCCAACUCGAGCUCCAUUUUUGCCACUAAGAGCAUGCCCCCUACCCGGGCGGCUGCCCCUUCCUCCUCCUCCUCCUCCUCCUCUUCCUCUUCGUCCGCUUCGGUAGGUUUUCUCUUCCAACUCUUCUCCGGCUACUUGCAUUCUGACAAGCUCAAAGUCUUCGGGCCCCUCAUCAUGGGCAUAGGCAUCUUCCUCUUCAUCUGCGCCAACGCCGUGCUCCACGAGAACCGAGACAAGAAGACCAAGAUCAUCAACUUGCGGGACCUCUAUUCCACCGUCAUCGACGUGCACAGCCUCCGAGCCAAAGACCUGGCGGCGGCGGCGGCCGCCGCGGCCGCUGCCGCCUCGUCCUCUUCGGCCGCCCCCGCGGGCCCCCCAGCAGCGUCCCCCCUUAAUGGUUUCAUCAGCUAUGUGCAGUCCCGGGGCUUGGAGCUCAAGCCCGGCGGCGGCAGCCCGGGAGACGCCUACGGGGCAGCGGCUUUGCUGGCCAAGGGUUCCUGGCCCCCGCCGGCGCUGGGAGGCGCCAGGGGCCCCGCGUCCCCGCCCGACUUGGCUUCGUCCCCGCGCUGCCCGCGGGAGCCCCCCAGCCUGGCCGAGGCGGUGUACAGCAUCUAUCGGGAGCGCUCCAUGCUGGCCGGUCGCCGCCGGGCAGCCGCCGCCGCCGCCGCCGCCGUGGCCGCCGCCGCCGCCGCCGCCGCAGCCGGCAGCGGCAGCCCCCCGCCCUGCAGCCCCCCGGAGAGCUGGGGGCGGCCGAGCACGGCCAGCUCCGUGGUGGGCUCGUCCCUCAGCGCGUUCGCGCUGCUGCCCUUGCAGGGGGACCGGGAGCGCGUCGGGGACGGGGACGGGGACGGGGAGGGAGCCAGCUGCAGCUGGCAGCGGUCUCCCGGGGAGAGGGGCUCCCGGGAGAUCCCGCGGGGGGAGCUUGAGUUGAGUCUGACGGAUCUCCGCGAGGGUGCGGGCCGCUGUGGCCGCAGGCGCAGGGAGCCCCGCGGGUCCCGGGACCAGGGAGCCGGAGCCGCGGCGGCUGCGGCGCCGACCGUCACCACGAGGGGGCAGGGCGGCCGUCUGCCCAGGACCGGCAAAUACUCGGCCUUGAGACGCCAGAGCACAAGCGGUCUCCUCGACUGCAGGAGGUCCGCGUCCCCAGGCCCCUCUCCCGCCCCCAGCGUGACCGAGGUGGACGUGGACGUGCUGGCGGAAGCCUCCACCGCCACCCCGCCGCCCCUGGGGGCCUCUCCUCCCGCCUCGGCCCAGGCGGACCCCAGAGACUCCCCGUCGGAUCAAUCCAGCAGCAAUAAGGGCUACUCCCCACUGCAGGAGGCGGGCACCUCCUUGGAGUCUAUCACCGACACACCAGCCAGGAAAACCCAGGACUGUGCAGAGGACCCGGCCCGGGAGGGGAGCCCCCGGGAGGGGAGCCCCCGGGAGCGACAGACAGUAGGGCAACCUCAGCCAGUGCAGAGGCAGUUUACAAAAAAAGAGAAACUCAUUAUGAUCUCCCGGUCUCAUGCCAUAGGGAUGGAGGAUGGAGAAUUGGAAAACACAGGCCUGUAGAAAAAGAGGUUAAUAGAGACAGAAGAGAGACAAGAAGAAAGAGGGAGCCACCCACUCGAAUCACUGAAUCUCCGAUUCCCCUUUUCUCUGUGGAUUUAACCGAGGGAGCCAGUCCAAAUCCAAAGAGCUGCGGGGCAGUUUUCCUUGAAUCGAGUUCACAGAAUUUCUGUAGAUAGCUCCAAGCAAUUUUUAAAAAAAAAAAUGCAAACAAUCCUCUAUGUCCGAUUGUGAUUGUAUGUUCCAUGAAAACCAAAAUGUAUUAAAACAUCAGCAAAUCUAGCCAUUAGUAAUAUUCCUAAUUUUCUUAGGAUCAAAUUAAUAUAUUUUUGACAAUAACAGUGCACUUUAUUUCAGCUUCUGAUUUGAGUCCCUCCAAUGCCUAACCGGUUUACUCCACCCCAAUUUGUGUCAAAAAGUUACUCGAAAACGACACGUUCUUUCCUACAUAAAAGUAGUAAAGGGUUUUCCUCAGUUCUCUCAAAAUGAUCUUGCUAAAUGUUUUCAGGGCCAAAAGCAUGAGCAAGCACUUCAGUAAAAAUCGAUUAGAGCAAUUACCUAGCCCAGAUCCCUCCAACCUCAUCUAUCUACCUUUUCCUUUUUCCUCCCCCCUCCUUCCUUAAAAAAAAAAGGUACUUGAUCCCCUCCACCCCAAUACAGUGUCAUCCUGUCGAGAGAGGAUUGGUCAAAGCUGGGAUCUCAUUGGAUUGUUACAUUCCUAAAUUCAAGAUGAUUUAUUGAGUAUUAUUACACAUGUAUUGACAGUAGCAUUAAUCUUAAUCUUUUAAAUAAAUGUUUAUAAACAAAAGAGGGUUAAUAUAAAUUACUUAAUUUUGCUUUUGAAUUAAUGGACCUUAAUGAAACACCAUCAUCUAUAAUGAUUAAAUUACAUGGCAGUACAAAAAUAAAAUAUUGAUGCAGUGUAUUCAAAUCAUGGCCUGAAAAAUUUAAAAUUAAGUGACAAAUCUAAUAGAGAAAAACAGAAAAAUUUGCUUUUCUGGGACCAAAAAAGUGAUACUUAACUGGAAUUUACUUCUCAAGUAUUCUCUUCUAGUAGUCCACACAAGGCAGCUAGUGUGGGCAGUGGAUAAGGUUCUGGCAUGGAGUCAGGAAGUGUCAUCUUCUUGAAUUCAAAUCUGACUUCAGAAACUUACUAGCUGUGUGACCUGGACAACUCACUUAACUCUGCCUCAGUUUCUUCAUCUAUAAGAUGAGCUAGAGAAGGAAUUAGCAAAUCACUCUUAAUUGUUGCCAAGGAAAACCCAAAUAGGGUCACAAAGAUUUGGACAUAACUGUAAAUAUUGAACAAGAAGUAUAAAGUUCUCAUUCUUGCUUUAAUGAUUGUCUUCUAGUUUUCCAAGAUGCUAGAAAUAUACUACCAAAUCAUUUUAGGAGUAUAGAUUUAGAGCUGGAAAGGACAUCAAAGUUCAUCUAGUCCAAAUUUCUCUUGUUAGAGAUUAAGGAACUGAGGCCCAGGGACAAAAACUACUUGCCAAGAUCUCACAGUAAUCUUCAGUAUUUGUAUCUGUGGCUUCUGGGGCUGGAAUCAGUCCUUUAAUCACUGUAUUAUAUAACCUCUAUCCAUAUUUAUUACCUCCUGAUUAAAUUGAACGGGGUAACAAAAUUAUUCUCAAAACAAUGGUAGAGACCAUUUGGUAAUUCCCUUUAUCUUACCACUAGAAGAGAAUAAUUAAGUUGGACGUUCCAAUUGCUCACUGAUUUUUAUCACAGAAAAGCAAACUUUUCCUUUUUCUCCUAUUAGAUUUAUCCCUUAAUUUUUAAUGUUCUUAGGCCAUGAUUUGAAUACACUGCAUCAAUACUUUUAUUUUUUUGUACCGCCUUGUGCUUUGAGGCUGACAGGGCUUUAAUGCAGAUAGGCAACUGUAGUUUUGAGAAGUAACCUGAAUUCUGAAAGCAGAAGUGAGUUCAUUUCAUAAACAUAUAGUAAACACCUAUCACAUACCAGGAUGACUUUGUACAGAGAAACAAAGACAAACAUGAAAUAGUCCUUGACCUUAAGGAGCUUUUAUUCUAUCACUGUUUUGGUGGAAGACCAGACAUGGACCUGUGGUUUUAUCAGUGUGGGUCACUCUUGGCAUGGAAACACCUUUCCUUCACAGAUAGAGAUGAGAAACUUGUCUGUAAUUUUUUUCAUGAUCACACAACUAGUAUAUAUCAGAGGCAAGAUUUGCAGUUUCUUAAAAUUCUGAUUGUAUACAACAUAAUUGGGUCAAAAGAUGAGGGUUAAGUAAUUUAGCCAUUUGCUUGUUUUUAUUAAAAUAUUAGGAAUUAAUUUCCUAAUAAAAUAUAACUAACUUACAAAUAAGUCAUAUCUCUCAAAGUGAACUUCCUUGGGAAUCCAAGGGAUUUCAUUUCUUUUGGCUAUUUAGAAAGGGUAUGAUCUGUGAAAGCUAUACUGUUCAAUGGAAAGAAGAAAUUCAAAAAUUCAAAAUAUCCAGGCUCUACCACUAACAAGAAGUGAUAGCUUGGGCAGUUUGUUUUAAACAGCCUCAAUUUCCUUGACAAUUAUAGAAGUAAAUGUUAAAUCUGACUUUCCAGGCCUAAUGUUCUAUGAAAACACACUGCACUCUACACAUUGCUUUAAACACAGUAGGUACCUAAUGAAUACUUGUCAUAUAGACCAAAACAAGUGAUUUUAGUGAAUUCAGUUUCCUCUCCUCUGCUUCCUCCCACUAAAUGAAUUCAGUCAAAAAAAAAAUUGUAUACAGAUAAAGCUUUACAGGCUGGAAUCAAUCUUUGAAAAUCUUCUAGUGUAUUACAAAAAUAAUCAGGAGAGGUAGCAUAGUAUAGUGGGUAUCUGGAUGGCCCAGGAUAGGAAGACCAGGGUUUGUUAAGAGUCUUGUCUCUGAUAACCACUGGCUAUUUGAUGGUAGGCAAGCAUUUAACCUCUCAGUGCUGUAGGCAAUUCUAAGGGUGUAAUUUGAAGUAAAGGUUUUGGCCAGUUUAGGAGUUUUCUUCUCUCAGAAUUUGCUAAUCCAAGGAAAUCAUAAGUCCAGUCCCUUUCUGUAAAUAAUGGCCUUAAUGAUGUCAACAUUAUUCCCAAACUAGGCAUAUAUAAAAAAAAAAGUCAUUUUGGGGCAGCUCAGUAACUUGUUUGGUUAUAGCAAAAGUGAACUUUCAUUAGUAAGAGCUAUAAACACUAAUGAUACCAACAGAUUGUGGUAAAUCUCAACAAUCCAAAUUGGUUUAACUCACUUCUAAAGACCUUCAAUUUGCACUGGUAUUUUUUUCCCCCUAGAAUAAUUUAGGCAUUGGAGUCUGAUGACUCACUUUUAAAAGAAAAACAAAGUCUAGUAGCUACAAUACUGUUCUCAAAGUCUAAAAAAAUCAGAGGAAUUGAUUCAAUUCCUAUUCAACAAACAACUUGUAUAACCUGGAACUACAUGUAUCUUAGUUUCCAUGUCUGAAAAAGUUGAAAUAGUAUUUUCCCCUAAACAUUUUUAUAAUUUUAAUUAAAUUUAAAAGUGAAAAUUUAAUCAAAUUAAAAAAUUUUAAAUUAAAUAACAUUAGAAUUCCUCAGAUUGAUCAGCUGCACUGGUCAGAUUAAAUAUAUAUAGUUUGUUGCCAAAUUCCAGGUCAUACUGUUCUUUGAAGACAUGGUCACAUUGGGAUGAUGUAAGAGAACAAUUGCUUAUUUGCUUGCCUAAAUAUCAACUAUGAUCUGAUUUCCACUUGAGCAAUUUGCCUGGGCAACUCCUUGACUACCAAGCUGAAGUUAAGUCCAUCGUUAUUCUUUAGGGGUUGGAAAUAUGUGCUUUUAGUAACUCUCUCUGGGGAGUCCUUUGUAGGUUGUUUCAAGAUUGUCUAAUUCACAGCCUUUCCCUAUAUGGCAACGUAACAGCUGUGCAUGUGCUGCUCGCUUCCCUAAAGGUAUGUAGACCUACCGAAGCAUGUUGGCAGAGCAUGGAUACAAGCUGAGUUGAGCAUUUCUGAGAAAUAAAGCACUGGCCUCUAA